AUGGCCAGAAAAGUGUCCACCAAUAUGAGUAUUCCUCUAGAUCUAACGGUGGAAAUACUCAUGAAACUUCCGACGAAGUCUCUGGCGAGGUUCCGGUGCGUCUCGUAUCAAUGGGCAAGUGCGAUCGAUAAAUUCAUAGUCAUCGAUUCGAUCGUGAUUCGUUCUUUGACUCAACCACCGCGUGAUCCCCACUUCAUCUUCGACAUGUGUUCGUCAUAUGAUCCUUUCUUGAGAAUGAGGCGUGUUUCACCUCAGACUUUAUCCACUCUCUCGUAUACUUACCUUUACCAUAAAAAAAACGAAGAACAACUCUAUCACGAGAAAAUCUUAGGACGAAGCAACGGCUUUGCAGCACAGUUUCAAUACGUACGUGGCUUGAUAGGGUAUUGGCGUUCAGGUGAUAACGGUCAGCUCACAAUCCACAACCCUACCACAAGUCAAUCUGUUUGCUUGCCGGUUACGCGUUUAGCCCCGACCUUGUUCUACUUAUUCGGGUACGACCCUUUCAAGAACCAAUACAAAGUAGUGUGUAUAAGUACAAAAGGUCAGUCCUCCUGUAAGGUUUUCAUAUUGGGAUUUCCUUCAAAGGAGUGGUGGAACAUGGAAUGCAGCAUUGGACAUCACUAUCCAUUCGAUCAAGCAGUUUGCAUCGACGGGAAGAUUUACUACAAAGCAAGGACAGCGAAUUGGAGUGAGGUUUUGGUGAGUUUCGAUGUUAGGUUCGAAAAAUUUAGUCUAGUUCAGGCUCCGGAAGAUCUACCGUUGUUCCAAGGAGCGUCGCUUCUUGUAAACUACCAAGGGAAGUUAGGAUGCAUAUGUUGCGACGAGUACAACCACGAGGAUGUGCAUAUGUGGGUUAUGGAGGAUGCCGAGAAACAAGAGUGGUCAAAGAAGACUUUCUUCAACGUGCUUCAAGAUUUACCAAGUUGGGAUAUGAAAUUAGCGGGUGUCACUCAUCCUGGUGGUGAGAUCGUUAUAGUCCAUCGAAAUUACCUUAGUGAGUUUGCAUCAGAAGUUUUUUAUUAUGAUCCGAAACAAGACAGUCGUAGAAGAGUUGAAAUUCAAACUACUGGGUCACUGGUAAGGGUAAGGCCUAGCGAGAAUGUUACAAUAUGGGCGGUUACGGAUCAUGUUGAGAAUCUUAUGAGUUUGAAGUUCGAUGCAUAUUAG